AUGCAACAUCAAGGUGUAUUACGAAUUGGAUCCCAAGAUUCCUUCUCUAGGAAGAGUUAGAUGAAUCAGUUGCACACAACUCCCAGUCAUCGGAAGACAUCGCAAAAUAAAUAGCAAUCAAUUGAUUAAAUACCAGAUAAUGCAUUAGAAAAGUUUUACUUAUACAAACAGAAAAAGAAUGAUAUUCGAAUGAAAUAACAAUUGAGCAAAUAGACACAAAGAUCUACGCAGAACUCUAUUGCAUAACAAAAUAAGUUCUUCAUCAAUGCCAAUUUCGUUAACAAUUAAGGUGGACAAUAAAAGCGUUCUGCAUAAUCUGUCACUAUCGAAGGCAUGGAAUCAGUCAAAAGAACCAUUAAAACUGACAUGGGAAACCCUGCAUCCAUUUUAGGCAAAGCCAAAAGUUUAGGCCCUGAUGAAUAAAUGCAAUAAGUUAAACAUCACAACGUAGUUGUCAGGUUUGGAAAUCAAGACUUCUAUUUUUAUUUUGACUCUCAUCUUAAUAUGCGAUAGAUUUGGUUUCAAAUUUUGCAAAGAUUACACGAUUUAGAAUUUGCUAAUCCGCAAGAAUGUUAUGCUAAUCUUAAAGAUAAACCAUCAGUUAAUUAAAUAGUUAGUUUUGUAUCUUAAUAACAUUCAAUCUCUAUAGAUUAUUACAUCGCAUAACCAGACUUAUCCUUUAAUGUUUUCAUGGAUUCAGGACUGAAAUUGGAAGCAUUCUUAUUAUAGUCAUCUCCUGAACCCAAAGUUGGUUUGAAAGACUUUAUAUUCCUUAAAAAUAUUGGAGUAGGAGGCUUUUCAUUAGUUUAUCUAGUCAGGAAAAAGGAUACCGGAAAAUUCUAUGCCUUGAAAUUAAUUGAUAAAGAGUUUAUCAUUGCAAAAAAGAAACAGUAAAUAGUUUUGAAUGAAAGAAACAUAAUGACACUACUUAAUAGUCCUUUUUUAUUACAUUUAUCAUACGCAUUUGAAUCAAGGUAGUUUGUAGUUUUUGUAUUGGAAUUCUGUCAAGGGGGAGAACUCUUUUUUCAACUAAAGUAGAUUAAAAGAAUGAGCGAAGAAUAAGCUUGUUUUUACAUCUCAGAAAUUUGUCUGGGCUUACAAGAGAUUCAUUCUCUCAACAUUUUAUACAGAGAUAUAAAGCCUGAAAAUAUAUUAAUGGACAUAGAAGGACAUGUUAGAAUUGCAGAUUUUGGUUUAAGCAAACCUGAAAUCGGAAGAGAAGAAAAAGCAUAUAGCUUUUGUGGAUCCCCUGAAUACAUGGCUCCAGAAAUGUUAUUAAAGCUUGGCCAUUCCUAAACGGUCGACUUUUAUUGUUUAGGAGCCUUACUCUAUGAACUACUAACAGGAUUACCUCCCUACUAUUCAACAAAUACUAACCAAAUUUACUAAGACAUUUUAUACUCUAAAUUGACAUUUCCUAAUGAUCUGUCCUUGUCUAGAGAAGUCAAAAAUUUAUUAAUGGCUCUGCUUGAAAAAGAUCCAACUAAGAGAAUGGGUUAGAGUGGAGGAGUAUAGGAAAUUUUAAAGCAUCCCUUUUUUUCAUCUAUUGAUUUUAAAUAAUUAGCACUUAAAAAAAUCAAACCUCCAUUCAAACCUGAUCCUUUAAAAAUGAAUUUAGAUGAAAAAGAAUCUCAAAGAGGAGAAUAGGAUUUUAGAAAAAAAAUAGCACAAGGCAAAUCUCUGAAUUUACCUGUUAUAUUUGGUUCUUCUUUUUAUUACGAAUCUCCCCAAGAAGCCCAAACAAAAUCAGUUUACAAAGAAUGGAUUUAACAUAUAAAUUAAUAACCAAAUACUCCUUGCGUUGCCUCAUAUCAUAGUUAAGGAAGGUCCGCAAAAUCCUAGGAUAUUGUUCCAUUAAUUUAAUCGGUUAAGAAUAAUCCUAGAUCUCGGUAAAUGUUAGGUUAGAAACAAAAUUUUUAUAAGGCUUCUGGGUUAAAACCUUCUUUGGAAAGAAUAAAUUAGGAAAAGAAGUUUUUUUCUAAAAUGUGA